AUGCCCGCUGAGGAGAACGUCGAGCCCAUCAUGGCUGCUGCAUUGCACCAAGAGGAUAUUGAGGAGAAGAAGAUAUCUCUUUCGGCCGCUCGCCACGGCCAUCAGGCUAUUUGUCGCGCGUCUGGUUUCCACCAAGAUAGAGACGCUUCUGUCGCCGGCAUGCUCGAACCUUUUCCCACCCCUGAAGAGCUCGCGACGCUCCGCCGAGUUCCUAACAAGAUCCCGAUCAAGCUUUUCACCAUUGGCUUCGUCGAGCUAUGCGAACGUUUCUCGUUCUACGGGACCACCGCCAUGUUCACCAACUUCAUUGAACAACCCCUACCCCAAGGCUCCGUCACGGGUGCCAGCUUGGAACAACCCGGGGCCAUGGGCUUAGGCCAGCGUGCUUCCACGGGCAUCACCACCUUGAACCAAGUUUGGCAAUAUUUCAUGCCUCUUUUCGGCGCGUGGAUUGCCGACGCCAAGUUGGGCCGCUACAGGACCAUCACAACCGCUUUGGCCAUCGACAUUCUCGGCCAUGUCAUUCUCGUCAUGUCGGCCAUCCCUCCCAUCAUUGUCCGCCAGGGUGCGUCCAUGGCACUCCUGAUCAUUGCAAUCUUAGUCAUGGGCAUUGGCACGGGUGGUGUGAAGCCCAAUCUCAGUUGCUUGAUCGUAGAGCAGCUUGGUGAGCAGCACAUGUUUGUGAAAAGCCUCCCGUCAGGCGAGCGCGUCAUCGUCGACCCAGCCAUUACCAUCGAGCGCAUCUACAACUGGUUCUAUUUCUUCAUCAACUUCGGGGCGCUCAUCGGCGUGAUCACUAUGGUGUACGCCGAGCAGUACGUCGGCUUCUACCUCUCUUAUACGCUCCCAACCAUCAUACUUGGCCUCGGGCCGCUCGUCAUGUGGUGGGGCCGGAGUCGCUACGUCGGCCGCGAACCUGCCGGCUCCGUCCUGCUUCCGGCGGUGCGGACGUUCUUCCUGGCCCAGGCGGGUCGCUGGUCCAUUAAUCCCUAUCGAACGUGGAAGAACAUGAACGACGGCACCUUUUGGGAGAACGUGAAGCCGUCCAAAUUUCCUCGUGGCACGCAGCCUAGCUGGAUGACCUUUGACGAUGCUUGGGUUGACGAGCUGCGCCGUGGGUUUGCUGCCUGUGCGGUCUUUUGCUGGACUCCCGUCUUCUGGCUAUGCUACAACCAGGUCAACAAUAAUCUCAUCUCUCAAGCCGCCGUCCUGCAACGAGACGGCGUCCCCAACGACAUCCUGUCCAACUUGAACCCCUUCUCCCUCCUCGUCUUCAUUCCGCUCAAUGACUUCCUGAUCUACCCUGCCCUCCGCAAAGCCGGCGUCCGCCUGACCCCCAUCAAGAAGAUCACCUUGGGGUUUUACGUCGGAUCGUGCGCCAUGAUCUGGGCCGCCGUCGUGCAGUACCACAUCUACCAGAAGUCCGUCUGCGGCAGGUACGCCUCGGGCAGGAUGUGGAGCGAGGAGAAGCAGGACAUGGUCAAGUGCCCGCCCGUGGAUAUCAAAGUCUGGGCCCAGGCCGGCUCCUACGUCCUCAUCGCGCUCUCCGAGGUCUUUGCCUCCAUCACGGCGCUCGAGUACGCCUACUCCAAGGCCCCCAAGAACAUGCGCUCCAUGGUCCAGGCCCUGGCCCUCUUCACGACGUCCUUUUCCGCCGCCAUCGGCCAGGCCUUUGUCGGGCUCUCGGCGGACCCUCUCCUCGUCUGGAAUUACGGCGUCGUCGCCAUCCUCGCCAUCGUUGUCGGCACCUGCUUCUACUUCCACUUCCGUGCCCUGGACAUCCACGAGGAUGACCUCAACGAGCUUCCCGAGGGCACCGUCGGGAUCAAGGUGGACAUGGAGUCCCCAUAUGCGUCCAGGGGCGACGAGAAGCGCGACUCGAACAGAAAGCCGGCCGUUUGUGCUGUCCGUGGUGGCGUUGGAGAUAUGUAG